ACGCUGAACGCCAUCUAGCUUCAGUUUGUUUCUGACUGAACGUCCACACGCACAGGUGUACCAUUCCUCCUCUCCUCUCGACGCAACUCGGCAACGAAAAGGCACUUCCUAUCUCUCCACCGCAUUAACAACACAACAGAGGCCACGGAUAAAUGAAAUGCCUGUUUGGGCUGCUUCUGAAUUACUUGAUUGGCACAAGCACAGAACGAGAUGAUGAAUAUGAUUAGUGACUGCUGAUGCUGAAUUGCUGAGCCCAGUAUUGAAGCGUCGUCUGAGUGAGAAUGGCGUUGCAGUCAUUGAGCUUUCGCUCAGGAGGUCUUCGCUCGUGCUCCCGCUCACGUUUUUCCAGUUUGAGCGACUUCGCUCGUCGCUCUGAGCGCCGAACUCUGCUUAGAUGAUCUUGAAAUGGUCGGGAUGCUGGCCUUGUCUUUGCUGAUUGCCCAGGCUGCCGCCAAGGGAGGCUUUUCAGAAUAUGGCGUCGUGCGAAACGAGUCUUCUGGAUCAACUUUAUCUCACGGAGAGAAGUUAACCUUCGAUUGCAUUAAUUCAUACCAGCCGGCUCAUGGAUUGAUCACCUCCAUUUGCAAUAACGGAACGUGGAAUGUCAUUCCUCGAUGCGAACCAGACCACAUGAUUACAGCCCCUAAAGGAAAUUGUGACAUGCCGGAAAUACCGAACGGAAUGUUCGUUCAAAUUGAUGGAAGGAACGUGACCAAUAACCAAACCUACGUCGUUGGAACUGAAAUCUUUUAUAAAUGUACUGAUCCUAAUAAACGACUAAUCGAUAACUCAGAUUUAGAAGUGGAGCAUUCACGUCGUGUCUGCGAUACGGCAACACGAAGCUGGAAAGGAAGUCUGUUAAAAUGCGAGGCAACGUGUGGAUCCUUGGUCGACCAGCUCUUCCGGCUUACGCUGAAUGCAGAUGAUGAACAAGAAUUACGUAACGUCACGUUCAACGAAACAGUUUUAGUCGGUGAACGCUACAAAGUUGGGACCAACGCAUUAGUAUAUUGCAAUUUAACGGUGUUCGGACCAAAUUAUUGGUCAACAACAUUUUCAACAAUUUUUGUUGAAUUGAAUUCAACAGAAAAUGUUGUUCACCCAACGGCCGCUUCGAAUAUUGGCAUAAUGGCGGUUUGCCAAUCUAACGGGACGUGGGCGGGAGUUUCUAUUCCUAUUUGUGGUACGGAUAUCUCAAUCGGACUUCUCCCGAUGUUAGCAACCACAACAGCAAUAAUGAAAACAGCAACGAUGCACAAGGAAUGCGGGCUGAACUACUUCGUCAAAUCGGACGGCAAAGUUUCUAUUCGUUGGACGAGACUCCCGCUAGUGGCGACCGCGGAUACGCUACGAUUCACCGACCAGGAACACUUAGGAGACAGUCGGCCUUGAUUGUUCACUAUGGAAAAGACAGACCUACCAGUCAAUAUGGCAAGCUGGGUUAGUAAUAUUCAAUUCUGCCAUUACCGUUCCAAGUUAUAAACUAAUCAAACUGAACUAAAAACAUGUUAAACAAACGUGAGUGCUGCUUGUGAGGAAAGUUGCCGGUAAACAACGAAAGAAAAAAGAACACGCACGUAGCACAGACAUUUUAAUCGAAUUUGUGGAAUAUCUAUUUUACAUCGAUAAAGUACGACGUGGCAGAUUUCCUGCGCACAGGCUACGAAAUAGAUUUUGUUCUUGCAACCAUAUGCCUUUUCCAUGGUGCCUUUGAUAAUUGGCUUGUAAACAGAGACGGUUUCUAUUUCUUGAUCCACAAACGACCUCGUAUGACGUCAUCGAAUAAAACUAAUCAUUAUAAAAGA